CACACCCCUCUUCCUCCCUCCAUCAACCUUCAUUUCUGCCCAUCUCACUUAUUCAAACAAUUUCCCGUACCUCCUCCAUUCCUAAUUACAGAAAAAAAAAUGGGCAAGACAAAGGACACCAAGGCCGUCAAGGCUAAGGCUGCGCCGGUGAAGGCGACCACUCCCGUCAAGGCCGCCGUCACCAAGGUCGAAAAGUCGGUCAAGUCGGCCAAGGAGAUCGCCAAGAAGGACGUGAGCAAGAAGUCCAAGAAGGUCGAGUCUGAGUCUGAGUCCGAGAGCGCGUCGGAGAGCGAGUCGGAAUCCGACGCCAGCACCACCAGCUCUGAGGAGGAGGAGGAGUCGUCCAGCGACGCCGACUCGGACGUCGAGAUGGUCGACGCCCCUGCCAAGCCUGCUGCCGCCAACGGCAAGGCCAAGGCCAAAAAGGAUAGCUCCGACUCAUCCGAGUCGUCUGACUCUGAGUCUGAGGAGGAGUCCGACUCCGACGAGGAGGAGUCCGAGUCGGAAGAGGAGAAGCCUGCUGCCAAGGCCGUCAAGACCAACGGCAAGGCCUCUAAGAAGACCGAAUCUGAGUCCGAGUCGGAAUCGGAGUCGGAGUCUGAAUCUGAGUCUGGUUCUGAGGAGUCUAGCUCCGACGAGGAGGAGGAGGAGGAGGAGGAGGAGGAGGAGGAGGAGAAGCCUGCUGUCAAGGCUGUCAAGCCAAACGGCAAGGUCGCUAAGAAGGCUGAAUCCGAGUCUGAGUCGGAGGAGUCCGACUCCGAAGAUGAGGAUGAGUCCAGCGACUCGGACGAAUCCGAGUCUGACGACUCUGCUUCGUCCGACGAGGAGGAGUCUGAAUCUGCUGAUGAGGAGUCCGAGUCCGCCGAGGAGAAGCCUGCCGCUGCCGAGAAGCCCUCGAAGAAGAGGAAAGCCGAGGAGGAGCCCGAGGCUGCCGAGACAUCGGCCAAGAAGACCAAGUCGGACGGCGAGGCUUCCGAGAAGAGCUCUACCCUCUGGGUUGGCAAUCUCGGCUGGGGUGUCGACGACAACGCUCUCUACGAGGAGUUCCAGCACGUCGGGGGCGUCGUCGGCGCUCGCGUCGUCACCGACAAGGACAGCGGCCGCUCGCGCGGCUUCGGCUACGUCGACUUCGAGAACCCCGAUGCUGCCGAGAAGGCGUACAACGAGAAGAACGGCGCCUUCCUCCAAGGACGCGAGAUGCGCCUUGACUUUGCCUCCAAGCCCAACGCCGACGCUCCCCCCUCUGCCCGCGCGGCCGAGCGUGCCCGCAAGCACGGCGACGUCAUCAGCCCGGAGAGCGACACCCUCUUCGUCGGCAACCUUCCCUUCAGCGCCGACGAGGACUCCGUCUCCAAAUUCUUCAACAAGGCCGCCAAGGUCCAGAGCCUCCGGAUUCCCACUGACCAGGAGUCUGGGCGUCCCAAGGGCUUUGCCUACGUGACCUUCUCCUCGGUCGAGGACGCCAAGAAAGCGUUCGAGACCCUUAACGGAAGCGACCUCGACGGCCGGCCGGUCCGUCUCGAUUAUGCCAAGCCCCGCGACAGCAGCGGCGGCGGCGGUCGCGGCGGCGGCCGUGGUGGCCGUGGCGGUGGCCGCGGCGGUUUUGGAGGCCGCGGUGGUGGACGCGGUGGCGGUCGCGGAGGGUUCGGAGGCGGCCGCGGUGGUGCUAGCGGUGGUUUCCAGGGCAAGAAGAUCACUUUCUAGAGGAAAGUGAGACGAAUACGGCCGCACACGAGGGGAUCUUAGCAAAACGAGGGCUUUU